CACAACUGCAAUAGUACAAAAAAAGUCGAAAACAAUUUCUGUUGGUUUUUCUAUUGAAUUGUGGGUGCAAUCUGCUUAGAAAAAGUUGUGUCUUUUGCUUGGAAUAGAAGCUAAUUGCACGAAUCCUGUGUGUUAUUGAUUCUCGGCAACGGAUAAAAAAAAGACACAACAGAGCCCGCCCACACGCAGGGAUGUCAUUUCCCAGCUGCGCUGCAAAUGUAAACACGAGUUUUAUGAGAGUUAUCUUUUAAUCUCUGUGAUGGCUGCUCGCUCUCUGUGAUUGAAUUUAUCGACACCUUUCCAACGCCAAAACUUGUCACCAAUGGAUAAAGCCAGCAAAGUCAUAAGAAGGAGCAGCAUCCGUCUCAAAUCCAUUGGCACAGGCCAUGGUGAGCUGGGCCUGGUCCUGUGUGGCCUGAGGGACAUGCGUCUGGCGGCCAAGAACUUUGCCCAGGCGCAGACGAUGGCCUCUCAGGACCUGCUCAAGUGGUCACUGAAGGCUGAAAACAGAGCCAUUCAAGAGACUCUGAUUCAGUUGCUCGAACUUUCCACGAUCUGGGAGGACGUCCAGAAGGAGUUCAACGAACACCUUCGAGAGUUUCGCAACAACUUCCAGAUGAUCUACGAGGGCGAGCGCUCAGUGGAUCAUGCCAGGAGCCAGUUGGCCGCCCACGAAGCGUCCGAAACUAAUCUUCGGAAGGAAAUUCGUAAGGCUAACAAGAAGAGUAGUGCUGAAGAUGCACAGCAACUCGAGGUCAAACUGGCUCAGGCACAACGAUCUAAAGAAUUGGCACAAAUGGAAGUUGUAGACAAAGUCCAGGAGAACGAAGCCGUAAAAUUAAUCAGAGUUAAGGAAAGUUUAACAAAGCUUUCUCAAGCUUACUUGGAAAUGGCAGCCAAAUGCAGCAUUAUUUUUGAAUCGCACCAAGAUGUAGUAAACCAAAUGCCCGACGUACAAGACAAGAACAUUCACGACCUAAAAUAUUCCGGUGCUCCCGAAGCUCAACACGCUGUGAUCCGUGCCAGGCACAGAAUCAACUCGUACAAAAGCCAAAGAGGUCCGUCCACUUCUGCUUCAAACAUCUACCCUGCCUUGCCAACGACCGCUUCUUCGCCAAACGCUUCUGGACCCAUGCGAGACCCACCUCCUCCGUACAGCCCAGCCAGUCCGUCUAACAACAGUUCUUAUGGAAACUACCCAGAACACAUGAAUCCAUUUGAAACUCCACCGUCUGCCAGUGGAAUUGGAUUCAGCAGAUAUGGCAUGCCUCGAACAACGCCAACCUCUCGGAACGCUGGUCAGAGCCCGUUCAGCGAAGAAGAGGAGGAUUUGGCAGGCGCCGUUGGUGGCGUCAAUCUCAACUGAUCUUUUGAAAUGAUGUGCCUUUUUUACAAAGCUAACCUCAUACAUUAGCUUUUUUUACAAAAUUUUACAUCUUGGUUGGUUCACGUAAUUUUUUCCUGUCUUUUAUUAGUUUAUCAGGAAUGAUUGAUUGACUGUUAUGUAAACGUGUAUAUAUUUUAUCCAUAAUUCGAGCUUUUUUGCAAUAACCAUGACCAGAUAAUCAUGUAUCAGCACUAAAGAAAGACAUAAUUUCUUAUAUAAUUUACUAAUGGAAUGUUGAAAUGCAACUUUGAAUCAACAGUUUUGACUAUGCAAUCGAAUCCUUUAAAAUAAAAUAUUUUGAAUGACUGCUAAAAA